AUGCCGGGGUCGCUGAGUAAUGAAGACGAGGGACAAGACGACAUGGAUUUUGAAGACGAUAUGCCAGAUGAGGAUGACGAAGUUGAACGAAACACUGUUCCCCUCACGCCGCUCGACAGCUUCUUCUCUGAUGAUGAGUCACUCAAACAACAAAAGAAGAAGAAGCCCAAAAAGAUGAAAGAAGGGAAAAUGCCCAAAGUUAAGAAGAGGAAAAAGGAGGGAGGAAUCCAGGCAAGAGUCGACAGCGACCUGGAGGAGACGUCAGAGGUGGAAGAAGAGCGGGAACGUCCAGAAAUAGGCUCUGAGAGUGAGAGUAGCAUGUAUGGCCCCACCAAAAAGAAGAAGAAGAAACCGAAGGAAAAGAAAGAGAAAAAACCCCGGAAGAAGAAGAGAGACGAAGAAGAUGACGAUGACGACGAUGAUGAUGGGAACUUGAAAGAACCUAAAUCAUCCAGCCAAUUGAUGCAAGAGUGGGGUCUCGAAGACGUUCAGUAUGGCUUCACUGAAGACGACUAUAAAACCAUCACCAACUACAAGGCUUUCAGCCAGUUCCUCAGGCCUCUUAUUGCCAAGAAGAACCCGAAGAUUCCCAUGUCAAAGAUGAUGACAGUGUUAGGGGCCAAGUGGCGAGAAUUCAGUGCCAACAACCCGUUCAAAGGCGCAUCUGCAACCGCUGUGGCCGCCGCUGUGGCCGCCGCUGUGGAAACGGUUACCGUGGCACAGCCAACGUCUGUCAGCAGCAGCCAGCCGAGCUCUCAGCUGGGGCCAAUCAAAAAAGCCAAAACCAAAGAGGGAAAGGGACCAGGAGUUAGAAAGAGAAGCAAGAGUGUAAAAGAGGUGAAGAAGAAAGCGAAGCCGAAAAAGACCAAAUCAAAGUCGGGCCAAAGUGGGAAGAAGAAGAAAGCAUCCUCGAGUGAGGAGGACUAUCUGGAGGAGUCAGACUUUGAUGACAUCAGCAUCCACAGUGCCUCUGUGCUUUCUGAUACCUCGGGGGCCGCCACCAAGAAAAAGGCCCGACGUGGGCGGAAAAAAAGAAAAAAGGAGGAUGGGGACGGCUAUGAGACAGACCACCAGGACUACUGUGAGGUUUGCCAGCAGGGUGGAGAGAUCAUCCUGUGUGACACUUGUCCCAGAGCGUACCACCUGGUCUGCCUGGACCCUGAGUUGGAGAAGGCCCCUGAGGGCAAAUGGAGCUGUCCACACUGUGAGAAGGAGGGAAUCCAGUGGGAGGCAAAGGAUGAUGAUGAGGAGGAGGAAGAGGCACCAGGAGAGGAAGAAGAUGACCACAUGGAGUUUUGCAGAGUGUGUAAAGAUGGAGGAGAGCUACUGUGCUGUGACACCUGCCCAUCAUCCUACCACAUCCACUGUCUCAACCCACCUCUGCCCGAGAUACCCAACGGAGAGUGGUUGUGUCCACGCUGCAUGUGCCCUCCUCUAAAAGGAAAAGUACAAAAGAUUCUCCACUGGACAUGGGGAGAACCGCCGCUGCCAGCUGAGCUGCCUGUAGGCCCUGAUGGCAAGCCAACAGACCCACUGACCAAACCCCCACUCAAGGGUCACCCGGAGAGGGAGUUCUUUGUUAAGUGGGCCGGCCUUUCGUACUGGCACUGCUCCUGGGUCAGCGAGCUGCAGUUGGAGCUGUACCACACCGUGAUGUAUCGGAAUUACCAGCGUAAGAACGACAUGGACGAACCUCCGCCAUAUGACUACGGCUCAGGAGAGGAGGAGCUCAACAACGAGAAGAGAAAGAGCAAAGACCCCCAGUACGCUGUGAUGGAGGAGCGCUUCUACCGCUACGGCAUUAAACCAGAGUGGAUGGUUAUGCACAGGAUACUCAACCACAGUUUUGAUAAAGAUGGGGAUGUGCAUUACCUGAUCAAGUGGAGAGACCUGCCCUAUGACCAGUGCACCUGGGAGGUGGAUGAUUUUGACGUCCCGGAAUAUGACGGUCAUAAAGCUUGUUACUGGGACCACAGGGAGCAAAUUCUAGGGGAGGACCAACGCCCCCUGGUGGUGAGGAAAGGAAAGAGACUCAAAGAUGACCAUCAAAAGAGGGAGGUCCCUCCUGAUGCUCCAAUCAUAGAUCCAACAAUCAAGUUUGAGCAUCAGCCGUGGUAUAUUAAUGCCACUGGAGGAACACUGCACCCAUACCAGCUGGAGGGCCUGAACUGGUUGAGGUUCUCCUGGGCUCAGGGCACAGAUACCAUCCUGGCUGAUGAGAUGGGUCUAGGGAAGACGGUGCAGACAAUAGUGUUUCUCUACUCCCUUUAUAAGGAGGGUCACUCUAAGGGGCCCUUCUUGGUGAGCGCACCCCUCUCAACUAUCAUCAACUGGGAGAGGGAAUUUGAGAUGUGGGCUCCAGAUUUUUAUGUGGUGACGUACACCGGUGACAAAGACAGCAGGGCAAUCAUCAGGGAGAACGAGUUUACCUUUGAAGACAGCGCAGUAAAAUCAGGAAGAAAAGUGUUCCGCAUGAAGAAAGACACUCCUAUCAAGUUCCAUGUGCUGCUGACAUCCUAUGAGCUGAUCACAAUAGAUCAAGCCAUUCUGGGCUCCAUCACCUGGGCCUGUCUGGUGGUAGAUGAGGCCCACAGACUGAAAAACAACCAAUCAAAGUUUUUCAGAAUUCUCAACGGGUAUAAGAUCUACUACAAGCUGCUGCUGACUGGGACUCCUCUUCAGAACAACCUGGAGGAGCUGUUCCACCUGCUUAACUUCCUCACCCCAGAGCGUUUCAAUAACCUGGAAGGCUUUCUGGAGGAGUUUGCCGACAUAUCUAAAGAAGACCAGAUCAAGAAGCUCCACGACCUGCUCGGGCCUCACAUGCUCAGGAGGCUGAAAGCUGACGUCUUCAAGAACAUGCCUGCAAAGACAGAGCUGAUUGUCAGAGUGGAACUCAGCCCAAUGCAGAAAAAAUAUUACAAGUUCAUCUUGACGCGAAAUUUUGAGGCUCUGAACUCAAAGGGAGGAGGGAACCAAGUAUCCCUGCUCAACAUUAUGAUGGACCUGAAGAAGUGCUGCAACCAUCCCUACCUGUUCCCUGUGGCUGCUGUGGAGGCUCCUGUAUUGCCCAACGGUUCUUAUGACGGCAACCUACUGGUGAAGUCCUCAGGAAAACUGACUCUGCUUCAGAAAAUGCUGAAGAAACUCAAAGAUGAAGGACACAGGGUUCUUAUUUUCUCUCAGAUGACAAAGAUGCUGGAUCUGCUGGAGGAUUUUCUUGAGUACGAGGGUUAUAAAUAUGAGCGUAUUGAUGGAGGGAUUACUGGAGGCCUAAGGCAGGAGGCCAUUGACCGUUUCAAUGCACCGGGCGCUCAGCAGUUCUGCUUCUUGCUUUCCACACGUGCUGGAGGUCUUGGCAUCAACCUGGCCAGUGCAGACACUGUAAUCAUCUACGACUCUGACUGGAAUCCCCACAAUGACAUCCAAGCUUUUAGCAGAGCCCACCGCAUUGGCCAAAACAGGAAGGUGAUGAUCUAUCGAUUUGUGACGCGGGGCUCAGUGGAGGAGCGAAUCACUCAGGUUGCGAAGAGGAAGAUGAUGCUGACCCACCUGGUGGUACGGCCCGGCCUGGGCUCCAAAACUGGCUCCAUGUCCAAACAAGAACUGGAUGACAUCCUCAAGUUUGGCACAGAGGAGCUGUUCAAGGAUGAGAUGGAAGCAGCACGAACCCUGGGGGGUGACAACAAAGAUGGUGAGGAGGGCAAUGUGAUUCACUAUGACGACGAUGCCAUCUCAAAGCUGUUAGACCGAAGCCAGGAUGCCACUGAAGACACUGAGAUUCAGAACAUGAACGAGUACCUGAGCUCCUUCAAGGUGGCUCAGUAUGUGGUGAAAGAAGAGGACGGAGAGGAGGAGGUGGAGCGGGAGAUAAUCAAGCAGGAGGAGAACGUGGACCCAGACUACUGGGAAAAACUCCUCCGCCAUCACUACGAGCAGCAGCAGGAGGAUCUGGCCCGCAACCUGGGCAAGGGCAAACGCAUCCGAAAGCAAGUCAACUACAACGAUACGACCCAGGAGGACCAAGAGUGGCAGGAUGAUCUUUCAGACAAUCAGUCGGAGUACUCUGUGGGGUCCGAGGACGAGGACGAAGAUUUCGAGGAGAGGCCUGAAGGUGGGCGCAGACAGUCUCGCCGGCAGCUGAAGAGUGAGAAAGACAAACCGCUGCCUCCCUUGCUGGCACGUGUUGGGGGCAGUAUUGAGGUCCUGGGCUUCAAUGCUCGCCAGAGGAAAGCCUUCCUCAAUGCCAUCAUGCGUUGGGGCAUGCCUCCACAGGAUGCUUUCAACUCCCAUUGGCUGGUGAGGGACCUGAGAGGGAAGAGUGAGCGUGAAUUCAGGGCCUACGUGUCUCUGUUCAUGAGACAUCUAUGCGAGCCGGGGGCAGAUGGAGCAGAGACCUUUGCUGAUGGAGUCCCACGUGAGGGACUAUCUCGUCAGCAUGUUCUCACCCGAAUCGGAGUCAUGUCCCUUGUCAGGAAAAAGGUGCAAGAAUUCGAGCAUGUAAAUGGAAAGCUGAGUUCUCCGGAUCUGAUUCCCAUCGGCAUGGAGCUAAAGAAACUGACUGAAAGUGUAUCUUCUGAUCCCAACACCCCUGUGCCAGCCAGUCCCAUUGCUACGCAGCCCGGCACCCCCAUUCCUCCAGAGAAGACCGAGUCUCUCUUGUUCACCACUGAGGACAAGGAGACCUCGGAGCAAGAUAGCAAGAAACUGUCAGAGCAGGAAACUUCCAGCGCAGAGGCGGCAUCUGUAUCUGAGAAAGCAGCUGACAGUGAAGAGAGCAAGGCCAGCUCAGAGGAGAAAACAGGAGAUGAGAGGGACAGAACCGAGUCGCCCUCCAAAAAAAACGAGCCAUCUGUCAACUCAAAAGAAGCCACUUUGAGACAGUCAGAACUAUCAGCCAGUCAGACCUCGCCAAAAGUGGAGCUCUGCAAAGAAACAGAGAAAUCUUCAGAAAAAGGAGAUACUGAUUUUCCUCUGGCAAAAGCAGAGGACAAGGAAAAUAAGCCAGAUGAUGUGAAAAAUGAAGAUGCAUUAGAGGGGCGAUUAAACGGAGAUAAAGACACGCUGGAUGAGAUGGAUGAGAGCAGGAGGGAGGACAGAAAUGGAUUUAAAGCCAAGUUCAUGUUUAAUAUCGCUGAUGGCGGUUUUACAGAGUUGCACACCCUUUGGCAAACUGAAGAGCGAGCGGCGCUGUCUUCUGGAAAGAUGCAUGACAUCUGGCAUCGUCGCCAUGACUACUGGCUGUUGGCUGGCAUCGUAACACACGGCUAUGCUCGCUGGCAGGAUAUUCAGAAUGACCCACGUUACGCUAUUCUGAACGAGCCCUUCAAGACGGAGAUGCAUAAGGGCAACUACCUAGAGAUGAAGAACAAGUUCCUGGCUCGUCGGUUUAAGUUGUUGGAGCAAGCUCUGGUGAUUGAGGAGCAGCUUAGGCGGGCGGCUUACCUGAAUAUGACCCAGGACCCCAGUCACCCAGCCAUGGCUCUCAACACACGCUUCGCUGAGGUGGAAUGUCUGGCGGAGUCCCACCAGCACCUGUCCAAAGAGUCUCUGGCAGGGAACAAGCCUGCCAAUGCCGUGCUGCACAAAGUGCUGAACCAGCUGGAGGAACUUCUGAGUGACAUGAAAGCAGAUGUGACACGACUGCCCAACAUGCUGUCCAGGAUCCCGCCGGUGUCGGCCCGCCUGCAGAUGUCUGAGAGGAGCAUUCUCAGUCGCCUCACCAGCCGAGGCAGCGAACCUCCACCGCAACAGCCUUUUAGCCAGGGCGGGUUUGGCUGCUCCCAGAUGUACAGCAGCAGCUUUGGUGGAGGAUUCAGAGGGCCAGGUGGACAGCCGAUGGUCAACUACAGCCAGAUGCCUCUGGGACCAUAUGUUAGUGUGUCAUCUAAUGGCCCCCCACCCCCUACAAGCCAUUUGGACAAGAAGUCACUUGACUCCUUGAGAGAUGUGGCCACGCCUGAUCUCAAGUCAGCCAAACCUAGUGAUGUCAUCUGCAUUGAAGACUAGACCAGCUCUGUUACACUGACCUGAGGUCAGCGACUCCCAGGGAUGGAAACUGCACAGAUGAUAGCUGCCCAUCU